AUGGCAGAAAGGUACAAUCCCAAUUCUCUGAACCGUUCAGUAGCAAUAAUUGGAUUAACACAAGAAGGAAGUAAAGAGGACUUCAGCUCCCCUGAAAUAAAUGGCAUCAUUCAGCUUCCAGUGACGGAUGAAAAAGUGAAUCAGGUUUUGUUGAAGUGGGCUGGGCACAAGUCAUGUGAAGGCAUGCCAUUGACACCAGAAAGUCCAGGAGGAAAGACUCGUUCAGCUGUAUCAAAAUCUACAGGAAAAACCAAAGAAAACACAGAGGAGACUUUGUCAUUACUUGUAAAAUAUUCAACACCACUACCAAUUCAACAAAAUUAUAGUAAUAGAGUAUCCCAGGCAGACAACUCAGAUGGAACACUGGAAUCCUUCUGCAAAGUCUCCACACUCCACAACAACCAAUCAGGGCCCCCCUAUCAACAGCCAUGUCACCUUGGCCAGUUGAUUCCUGUCAAUAGAAAUAGCUUUGCUGAUCUAUCACAGAACAAUCAAGUCACAGAAGAGGACAGGUUACAUCACCAAAACAGCAAUACUGCUUCUCCACAAAACUUUCUCAUUGGUGGAAACCAGAUCCAAAAUCAACCUUUAUCAUCACUGAUUCUCCAACGAUCAGCACCAGAUCACAUGCCCACCCAGGAAGAUCAUGUUUCUGUUCAUGUUCCCCCAAAUGCAGUCAACACAGUGUAUCCUGAGCAUUAUAAUCAUACUUAUUACCACAUACAAGCUACAGAUCAAAACAGACCAAACACUAUUCCACCACAUUUCGUUGCCAUCAAUCCACCCCCUCUGCAUCCAAACACACGAGUUCAAAACCCUGGAGGCCUAACAUCACAGGCAGCACCCAAGGCAGAUCUCUCUGUGGUGACCACCCAAGCAUCACCUGAUGGAGAAGGUGGGAAGAUAGUCGGCAGUCCGGCAUAUAUGAUCAGUGGACAACUGGGCAGCAAAGAUAUGAAAAUCACGUUACUUCAUGAUGACCUGUCCAAACACAGUUCCAAAGAGAGGAUUAGAAGAGAACGAAUUAAAGAAAGUUGUGAUCAGCUACGCUUUUUGCUGCCAAGUGUUGCCGGAAAAAAAUCUGAUAUGGCAUCUAUUCUUGAAAUGACUGUGAAAUAUGUGAGAAUGAUCAAGGAAAGGCUUCCACCAGCUGUCCUUCAAGAGAUCUCUCAGAACAUCGCUGACACAACUACUAUACUUCCUAGAAAAAGAAAUAAAGAAUUAUCAGCAAACACUAAACAAGCACGUCCAAGAUUUGCACCACCUGCUAAUGUUUGUGAGGGACCACCUGGAUUACCACACCCUUUACCACCAUUCUAUAUGAGGUCUGCACCAUUUCAAGGCAAAGCCCCAGCAAUUGUAACCACAACAGGUCCCAUGUAUGUGCCCCACCUACAUAUCAGGCCCAGUCAUGAACACACCCAGAUCCCUUUACAACAGCAUCACAUUCAUCAACCUGAGCCAGCUAGCUUCAGACUGGCAGCAUCACCUCCUUCUGUAUUCAACAGCUGUAACAAUGGGAAUACAGUUCGAGGUACAAAUACAUUUCAGCAUCAAUCAGCACAUGAACAUGUCACAAUUAAUCCACACCAAGAUUACAAUGCAACUCACUCAUCAUUCCACUCCAAACACAUCUAUCAUGGAAACCAUCCUCCCAUCCCCCCUGUGCCUGGCCACAAUUACGACAUGCCACAGCAGUGGAGUUUUUUAAAGCUUCCUCCCAUUGGAAACAUUUUUCAUUCCUUAGGUUCAGGUAAUUUAAGCCAAGAAAGUGUUAAACAUGAUCCUAGUGAGUCUGGAAGAUCUACACCAACAGAUCCUUCAUCAAUGACUCCUCCACUUUGGGAGAGCAGUGGAAAUCUCAUGAGUUCAGGCCGACAAGAUCAUGCUCAUAUCAACAGUCCUGUAAUGUUUAAAGGUACAUCAAUGUAA